UGGAGUUCAGACCUCACAAGCUUUCUUCCAUAUGACUUAGUAUUGUACUUGCUGAUUUUCGCCUGAUGAGUGGCCAUUGCAUUCCAUCUUAGAAAAUCCAAUAUUGAUGCAACUAUUAGAAAUCUCUCUCUAGAUUUGCCCUCCAUCUCUCUCUCUCUCUAAAUAUUAUAUAAAAAUAUUUUAUUUUAGCAGUGUAAUCUAUCGAAAAAUUAGAUAUAUACCCAGUUGAGACUUGUAUAUACAAGGCUCUAGAAUAGAGAGGAGAGAGAAGAUUUCAAAAAUAUAGAUUGAGAUGAAAAGGAGGAGAGAAAUGGAAAAGGGGUCAGAGAUAAGGUCUGCCAUUGAAGAGCUCUCUAUGGUGCUUGUCAAGGUUCAACCUGCAGGUGUCGAUGUUGAUGAUGCUACAUAUAUUCCCACCAAACCUUUCCUAUUUGUCUGCAACUUAGUCCUUCAAGUUCUUGAUAAGAUAGGGCCAACAAUGGCUGUUAUGAGGCAAGACGUUGAUCAGAAUAUCCAGAGAUUGGAGAAGCUAUAUGAAUCUGACCCUUCAUUGUAUUCAAAUUUGGUUGAGAUAUUGAAGAAAGAGGCUAAAGAAGGCAAUGCAAGAAAGGGCCCAAGUUGUAGUAAAGCCUUUGUUUGGCUUAGCAGAACGAUGGAUUUUGCAGUUACUCUGUUGCAGUUAUUGGUGAAGGAUUUUGGGAAGAGCAUGGAGCAAGCAGUGGAAGAAUCGUACAACAUCAACCUAAAGCCAUGGCAUGGAUGGAUUUCAUCAACUGCCUACAGAGUAGCACUCAAACUACUGCCUGAUAAGAAAACUUUUAUUGAUAUUCUAAUGUCCAAAGAUGAGGACUUUGACAUGCUUAAAGAGGACAUUCAGGCCUUGAAUUCAUUACUCAUGCCUCUUCUAGAAGACAUCCACUCCACUUUGAGAAGUUGUGGUUUGGAUAGGUUAAAGUCUACCUGAAGAGAGAAUGUGUUAACAAACCUAAUCAGAUGUACAGUACUUUUCAGUUUUGUGUAGAGAUUUUUUCAACUUUAUUUAUGUCCCUCUGAUGUAAGUACAAAUACAUAUAUAUAGUUCUGCUCGUGCUGUACAAAGUAAGAAAUAUGUUAUAAAAGGUGUGAGUUUUUGUGAAGAAUCUAAUUUGUUGUGUUAAUUAUGUUGUCAUCUGAUUUAUCUUAAAAAGAUACAGAUUUUGUUAUGUUUA